ACGGAAGAAUAUAACCUAUGAUUGAAAAAUCAGCCAAACUACAACGAUGAAGGGUUCAUUUCACUUGAGAUUGCGACUGCAACUGCAUGCAAUGAUAUUUCAGUUCAUUUGAUGCAAUGGGAGUGUUUGAGAGUUUCACCCUUUCAGAUUGGUGUCAUAGUAAUCAGCAUUGUUUGGAAUUAGCCAAAAAGCAUAUGAGCAGUAGGAGGGAGGCAGCUUCUUUCACCUUAGGUUUAGUAAGUGUUAUUGUUUGGGUUGUUGCUGAGAUUCCUCAAAUCAUCACAAACUACAAAGCCAAAUCAACUGAUGGUCUAUCUGCCACUUUCUUGAUCACAUGGAUUAUUGGGGAUCUAUUCAACCUAUUUGGAUGCAUACUGGAACCUGCAACACUUCCAACUCAGUUAUAUAUGGCAGUGCUGUAUACCUUCGUAACUGUAGCACUUGGUUCACAAUCCAUUUACUAUGGCUACAUAUACAAGAGACAGCUCAAGGUUGAGACACCAACAAAAGUCAGUGAUGCUGAACAGAGUCAUGAAUUUGAUGAUUUCAGUAGAGGAGCUGUUCUGAGUUCUCCUAUUCCUCUUCCAGCACAUCUUCCAAGCAUAUCUACUGGAAGAGAAUUAUUCUACCAGUCAGCAAGAUCUCUGACCAAGACUCAUACACCAACAUCAGGAUCCAUCUUAGCCCAAAGAAUGACUCCUAAUUCUCCUUUUCUAGAUUCUUUGAAAGAGAACUUGCUUGGUUCAGCCUUUGCCAGACAAUCUGCCCCAUCUUUGAAGAUAAAGUCUACUCUAUGUUUGGUGUCCACAUUAAGUUUUUUUGGUGUUAUCAAUCUCUAUAAAUCAGUAGAUAAAGGAAUUAAUCCCAUGGUCUCAAACCCAAGACAGCAAUUUGUGGUUUAUGUCGGAAGAAAGCUUUUCCAGGUCAGUGGGGAUCAGUUGUUGGAAAAUGGUGCAUCAGGAAACAGUAGCAUUGGGACUUUCCUUGGUUGGGCAAUGACAUUUCUAUAUUUGAGUGGAAGGAUGCCUCAAAUUUGGUUAAAUAUCAGAAGGGGACAUGCUGAGGGCCUGAAUCCUUUGAUGUUUCUCUUUGCUUUAAUCGGGAAUGCUACUUAUGUUGCAAGCAUACUUGUGAGCAGCUUGGAUUGGUCAAAUAUCAGACCAAAUCUACCAUGGUUGGUAGAUGCAGGAGGAUGUGUCCUUCUUGAUUUUUUUAUUUUAAUGCAGUUUCUAUAUUUUCGCUGCCAAACCUCGCCGGGCCUGUAAAUAAAUAUAAACAGCAUACUGCUUCUUAUUGAGGAGGAAACAAGGAUAUUCAGGUUCCGUACUCUCUCCUGUAUGUAUGUACAUGUGUUUCUGUGACAUGUUAUGAUGUGUUUAUCAGUUUAUUCAUACCAUGUAUUGGAGGCUGCUAAGACUAAUUGCUCAUGAAACAGGAUAUACACAUAUUACUAUUAAUAAUGUUGUCUUUCAUGGUUAAUUUUCAUUUCAGUUGAUCAUAAAUAUUGGUGAUUCUCUCCAAUUUCAACCAGAUCUGGAUUAUUUCAUAAAGCUGACUUGAUGUAUGUUCAUAGAAAUCUUUCAACCUCUCCACCAAGUUGGCCUUCAUAUGUGAGCUUGAAGCUGUAUUGGUGAAUGAUACCUGCUUAAUUGUAAGAUCAUUGGCCUGGUGGCCAGAAAAACAAGAGGAAGUGGUUACGUUCAUUUGAAUCGGCAAU